CCUCGUCUGUUUCUCUCCCACCUUCACACUUCUCUCUUCCUUCCCAGUCCCACACAUAGUUUCGAGAGUAAUCCCCGUCCGGUGGCGCCCUCUGACGACUCGCGCCCCAGCACUAACAUUUCCCCAGCGCAUGACCGGUAUUUGGUUCAGCCGAGUCCGUUAUUAUACCGCAGUAUGCCGUCGCGCUCCUCCAGUUUACUUUCUACCGCCAGCCAGGUCAGAUCGCAGCCGGUUAGCGCGACUGAACUUACGCACGAUAUGUCGUUACAGUAACUUGAACGCGGACGAAGUAUAGUAUAGAGUGACAAAAAUAAAAAAAACGGUUAAAGUAUGUGCGGCGUUUAUCGGAGAAGGAACUUAUGACCGUGUGAAUCACAUGUGCGUGACAUGACUUUUUGUUUUUUUCGAAAAAUGUUGUCGGUGGUUUGUUUUGUGUUUCUGUUCGUUGGAUACGUCCAGGGUGGAAGGUACGAUGGUAUAGAGCAGUGUUCCUGGCUCCCCGAUAAUAACGAAGGCAGUUCCAAGCUUUCCGUUACGUGUAACGUACGACUCUUGGAUGAAAAUGGAGCGAAUAUCUCAACUCUACCCGCUGAAGUUACUUCGAGGCUCAAAAUAAUAUGCUCCGAAGCAAUUUUCUUUGAAAGCGUCCUACCCGUUCAGAGUUUGCAAAGGCUUCACGAACUGGAAGAUCUUCGUAUAGAAAACUGUAAAAUCCUUUCCAUCGAAACCAACUCGUUCGAAGGAUUAUACAACUUAAAACGCCUGGUCCUGAACAGUUUCAACACCCACUGGGGUCAAGUCAAAAACCUCGAACUCACCACUUACAGUUUUCAAGGUUUGAAAGAACUUCAGCAACUCGACUUGGCCGAUAACAACAUAAGGGUGGUUCCAGACGGUGCUUUUUGUGGCAUGACUAAUCUCCACACACUGAACCUGACCAGAAACCGAAUCAGGAGCUCGGAAAGAAUCGGAAUUAACGUUCCCGAAUGUAGCUCCAGCGAACUGCAAAACAUCGAUUUGAGUUUCAACGAUAUAAGAGUUCUAGGGGAGGACUCGGGAUUUUCAAAGUUAAGGCGAUUACAGAACUUGAAUUUGCAGUACAACAAUAUAAGCGAGGUUUCCGGAGAGAGUUUGGUCGGUUUGGUGUCGUUGAAAGUUUUGGAUUUGUCCAACAAUAAAAUCGGAUCGCUUCCGCAAGGCUUGUUCGCCGGUUCGCCCGAGCUCAAGGAGAUUCACCUGCAGAACAAUUCUUUGUAUUCGCUGGCUAAGGGAUUGUUCCAUCGACUGGAACAACUUCUCGUGCUGGAUCUUAGCGGUAAUCAGCUUACAAGUAACCACGUCGAUAACGGAACUUUUUCCGGACUUAUCAGACUGAUUAUUCUGGAUUUAUCGCACAAUGCUUUAACUCGAAUCGACAGCAAAACUUUUAAAGACCUGUUUUUCCUUCAAAUUUUAAAUCUCCGUAAUAAUUCCAUUGGAUUUAUCGAAGACAACGCUUUUCUUCCACUGUACAAUCUCCACACUCUAAACUUAGCAGAAAACAGGUUGAACACUAUCGGUCCUCAACUCUUCAACGGACUUUUCGUUCUCAGCAAACUCACCCUGAACAACAAUUUGGUUGUCGCAGUCGAUCCCAGAGCUUUCCAGAACUGUUCCGCUCUAAAAGAACUAGACCUAAGCUCAAACGCCCUAGCUGAAGUGCCAGAAGCUAUUCAAGAACUGUCCUUUUUGAAAACUCUGGACCUUGGAGAGAACCAAAUUAGCGAAUUUCGGAACGGGUCUUUCAAAAACUUGAAUCAGCUGACUGGACUGAGACUGAUCGAUAAUAUUAUCGGAAACUUAACCAGAGGAAUGCUUUGGGAUUUGCCGAGUUUGCAAGUGUUGAAUCUGGCCAAAAACAAAAUCCAGACUAUUGAAAGAGGUACGUUUGAUAGAAACACGCAAAUUGAAGCUAUCAGACUGGAUGCGAACUUCCUCACUGACAUAAAUGGAGUUUUUGCAACUUUGGCUACUUUAUUAUGGCUGAAUCUCUCAGAAAAUCAUUUAGUGUGGUUCGACUAUGCUUUUAUUCCCAGCAACUUGAAGUGGCUAGACAUUCAUGGUAAUUUUAUAGAGUAUUUAAAUAACUACUAUAAAAUUCAGGAUGAAAUCGGUGUGAAAACCCUCGAUGCUAGCCAUAACAGGAUUACAGAGAUCUCCCCGAUGUCCAUACCGAACAGCAUCGAACUUCUUUUCAUUAACAAUAAUUUUAUCAAGAAAAUCCACCCGAAUACUUUUAUCGACAAGACUAAUUUGACGAGAGUUGAUAUGUAUGCUAAUGACCUAGUUAACGUAGACUUGAACGCUUUAAGAAUCGCCCAUGUGCCUAGCAACAAGAGCCUUCCUGAAGUGUACCUUGGAGGAAACCCUUUCCAUUGUGACUGUUCCAUGGAGUGGCUCCAGGUGAUCAACAGUAUAUCUGGUUCCAGACAAUACCCCAAAGUGAUGGACGCGGAAAAUGUUAUGUGUAAAAUGACUCAUUCGCGUGGCAUGGAAAGCAUGCCGUUAAGCCAGGCCAAAGCCAGUGAUUUUUUGUGCAAGUACGAGACCCACUGUUUCACUCUAUGUCAUUGCUGUGAUUUUGAUGCGUGUGAUUGCGAGAUGACCUGUCCUAAUAACUGUACUUGUUAUCACGACCAAACUUGGAAUACGAAUGUCGUGGAUUGUUCGGGACAGGGUGGUGCUGAAAUUCCUCAGAAAAUUCCCAUGGAUGCUACAGAAGUGUAUUUAGACGGAAACGAUAUCAAAGAGCUUCAAAAUCAUGCGUUUAUUGGUAGGAAGAACCUGAAAACUUUGUUCGUGAACAACAGUAACGUGGAAACUAUUCAAAACAGUACGUUUAAUAGUUUGCAUGCGUUACAAGUGCUGCACCUUGAAGACAACAAGAUCUACGAACUGAAAGGUUACGAGUUUGAACAGUUGGAGAACUUGAAAGAACUUUAUUUGCAAAAUAACGCGAUCGCGAAUAUCGGAAACCGAACUUUCGAUCCUUUAACCUCUCUGGAAGUGUUGCGAUUGGAUGGUAAUAAAUUGGUUAGUUUUCCCGUGUGGCAACUUUCGUCUAACGCGCGUUUGAACCAGAUUAUGAUCGCGAACAACCCGUGGUCCUGUCGAUGCAAGUUCCUUCAAGGUCUCACCACGUGGGUGGCCGAAAAUGCGGUCAAAGUGAUAGACAGUGGAAACAUGAUGUGUUACAAUCACGACUCGAAACCUCCCCAACGUCGUGAACUGGACUUUAACUCUACCGCGUGCAGUGAUUUCUACGCAGGCAGUUCCGUGAUAGACUCCAUGCUCGUGUCGGACUACUGGCCGAUGGUUGUGAUAACUCUGUGCGUUGUGAUAUUGCUCCUGUUAGCGGUAGUACUGUGGUUCGUUUUCCGAGACCCUGUUCGCGUGUGGCUGUACUCGCGUUACGGAGUUAGGCUGUGCAACUUUAGAGACUCCAGUGCGAAACAGUUCGAGGACAGAGACAAACUGUACGACGCGUUCGUGUGCUACAGUCCCAAAGACGAAGAGUGGGUAGUGCAAAGUUUAGCAGUAGAACUGGAACCGAAGUUCCAGCUGUGUCUGCAUUAUCGAGACCUCCCCCACGCAGCGUACAACCAACAUGCCGCUCCCGUUAUGCUGGAAGCCUCAGAAGCCAGCCGGAGAAUAGUCUUGGUUCUGACCAGGAACUUUCUCGAAACUGAAUGGGCUAGGUUCGAUCUGAGACAGGCCCUGCACGAAGCACUUAAAGGGCGAGUUCACAAGCUGGUCAUUAUCGAAGAGGGUCCGUUACACGACGCCAUAAUGGACCCGGAACUCCGGCUGUACUUGAAAACCGCCGAGAGAGUUCGAUGGGGUGAGAGAAGGUUUUGGGAGAAGUUAAAGUACGUGCUGCCCUCCGUGGAGCCCCGGGGUAAGAUCAACGCCAACUACAGGCGGAACAUCAACAACUACACCAUCGAUUCCCGGGUGGUGCCUAACGGGACUCACCACACUCACCAUCACUUCCCCGAGAAGGUGUGCCCGCAAAGAGCGCCCUCUCCAGGCAUGCAGAUGCUCCCUCCUCCAGCUUACUCCGCUGGGAACCCCCAGGAGAUGGAGGAUACGAACUAUUCAUCCGCCACGACAGCCACCCCAUCCCCCAGGCCGUCCAGGCGGAUGAUGGCUCAGGAACCGCGGCCCAUAUCCGAUCACAUCUACUCCAGCAUCGACUCGGACUACAGCACGUUGGAGCGUGGUGGUUCGGGAAGGAGGGGGCCUCCGUGGAGGCCGACGCACGUGGUGAUGCAGACGCAGGGCGCCCAUAAUGGCGGCCAGGCCUAUCUUGUGUGAUAAUUUUGCUGACUGACUAGGUAUAUUAUAUAUUCUAUAUCGAGAGACUUUUAAAAAAAUUCGCUUACUUUGACGCCAGGAUGUUGUGUUCUAGUUCCGAUUUCAUUAUUCUCUCUAUUUUCAAACGUAAAUAAUAAAAUUGUAACGGAAUCUGGCCUAGAAGACAACUAUAUCUAUAGUGAAAAAUACACUGGUUCUUACAAGUUACUAUAAGCAUGGAAAUGUGUAUCUACUUUUUUCCUCGUGUAAUUAUUUUUGUACAGUACUGUAUAUAGACAUAUUUAUUUGUUUUCCUACUUCGGUUUGUAUUAUGUGUAUAUUUUUUACGAAUUGCAAAAAAAAAUAAUUAUAUAAAUAAAUAUGAUG